AUGUGCACAUCCAGCAACUGUUCUUCCGGAUGGAGACGGAGUGUUUACGUGGAUAGUAUUUCUGCACCGGGCACCUUGAAGAUUGGUGCACCUAUCGCAUUCACCGGUGGAAGACACUAUCCCGGAAAUACGGUUGGCACCACGGUUUGCCCUCCUCUCUGGCCAAAUAUGACACAAUCCGGGAUGCUCAACUCAAAACCACCAAUCGUAAUGCUGUCACGAAUUGUAUCGCUAAUGUGCGUGCAGGGUGGGAACCACCUGGUUGGAGACGCUGUAAUAUAA